GUUGAUGGCGCUGGCCCGAAACUGCCGCAACCGACCGAGGCAAAGAGAUUCGAGGCAACGGCCAAGGCCAGCGUAAAGGACCUUAGGACUUACAAGCCGCUCAAUAUAUAGAUACACAGUUACUGCCAUAGCACCUGCCAUACUCGGUGGCUCGUGCUGUGACGUUUUGCGCAAGCAUCGCCGGGCAUCUUAAGCCUCGUUGGCCGACGCCGCGACCUGACGCUGCGCCGACGCGAGUACAACAUCUGCGUCAUAAUUAGGAACUACAAACAUGGCUGAAGCGCAGGACGGGCAAAUGCUUGAGGGGCUGCUCUUCGCGCUACUGCAAAUUGAAGCAUCGCGGCUGGCCCCUGGCCAGGUUUUACUGGUGUCCCGCACGGUGGAAGACCCCCACACCAUCCAAUGGGUGGUCAGCGCCAUGAACAAAACCGCCAAGGUCGAGCCGCCUACUUUCGCGGCUGGCGGGGAGGCGGACGGACUGCCCAGCUGGGCGGCCGCAAUUGCUGACCAGAUUCUUGCAGGCCUGGCAGCAUUGGGCCAGACAGUCGCGGGCGUGGCGCAGUGGUUGGCCGAGAUGGUGCGGAGCUUCCUGGGCGCAGUGGGAAAGACAGUGAUGGAGGUGCUGGGGGUGGAGGAGAAGCCGGAGCACCCCCACGGCCUGGCCACGGCGGCAGCCCGGACUGUCGUACUGAUUGUGAUGAUCGCCGUCGUGCAGCACCGCAAGCACCUGAUGCCCUAGGUGUGUUGGAGGGUAAGGCACCAUGCCACAACACGAUCAGUGCUACGGUGCUAUGCGUUUGUACGGUGUGAAUGCGUGCAUCUACACAUAAGGUUUGCAUUCUAGCGCCAGGGGUGCACAAACAUCCCAGUCUUGUACAUAUGUGAGCGCGUUUCUUAUGUAUGACGCAACAUGGGAAAGGACCCACGGAUACAUGCGAGUGAUGCGCACCACCUCGCAUGAUGUGCACGUGUGCGACUACGGGUAGAGAAGUCGGAACCCUCACUCACGCGUCGAUGUAGGACAAUCAGGAUGGCUUGACACCACGCACAUGCUCUUAGCCCCAUGCCGUCUCUCGAUGGUUCAGUCGAAGAGAGGUCCAGAAGGAACUGCAACUGAGGUAGUGUGGGUCUGGGUUGAGAGCAAAUCUAGCCAGCUUUGCUUGCCGCCGUGUGCGGUAUGCCUGUAAGUGCGGCGUGGGGCGGCCAGCUCCCUAAUGACGGGGAGGUCAUGGGGGCGCCACGGGCCAGCAGGGUAUGUCUGGGGUCUGUGGCUACGCCAACAAGGGCUGACUGGCUUGACUGGAUUGUGGGGCCUGGAUUGUGGGGACUGAAUGGUGGGGAGGCUGUGAGUUGCCCAGCGCUGGCCGAGCAGGCUGUACGUUUUGCGGGGUGAUGUGAUCGCCCCGCGGUCACCGCUCCGGUGGACGCCCUGGCAAACGUAAAUACGUAAUGAAGAGCCAGAUCGAAGCGUGUGAUGGGCUACUACAGAUGCCCACAUUGUGGCUAGUGCAUAAGCGGGCAAGUCACGGCCAGGCACGUACAGGCGACCUGUAGAGGGCAACCUGAGUACCGUAGUAGGGGUGCGAAUCCCAACGAGAUGCGGACUCGCCGAACACGUCGGCAUGCCCACAUCCGCGCCCACGAUGUGCGGCAUGCGCAGCCAGCAUGCUCCGGGCAUGCUCUGAGGGUCACAAGAGGUGUAAAAGCACGCCCUG